AUGGCAGAUUCAACAGAAUGUACCAGCUGUCCGGAGGAUUUUUGGUCCAACUCACAACGUGAUCAUUGUGUUCCCAAAAGAAUGGAAUUUCUUUCCUACUUGGAACCACUGGGCAUCUCCUUGACCACUGCUUCAUUAUCCGGUGCACUUUUAUGCACUAUUGUUAUUGGAGUCUUCACCUAUCAUCGUACCACCCCAGUGGUUAGGGCCAACAACUCAGAGCUCAGCUUCCUCAUUCUGCUGUCACUCAAACUGUGCUUCUUGUGCUCAUUACUUUUCAUUGGUCAGCCAAGGCUGUGGACUUGUCAGUGGAGGCAUGCAGCAUUUGGGAUCAGCUUUGUUCUAUGCGUCUCAUGUAUCCUGGUGAAGACCAUGGUAGUUCUGGCGGUAUUCAAGGCCUCCAAACCAGGAGUUGGCGGUAGUCUAAAGUGGUUUGGGGCAAUGCAACAGAGGGGGACAAUUGUAUUUCUGACCUUAAUCCAAGCAGCAAUUUGUACAACCUGGCUUGUGUCUUCCUCACCUAUUCCUCAUAAAAACACACAAUAUCAUAGUGACAAGAUAAUUGUUGAGUGUCUUGUAGGGUCCACAAUUGGAUUCGGAUUAUUACUAGGAUAUAUUGGCUUACUGGCUAUUCUCAGCUUCUUGCUUGCAUUCUUGGCACGGAAUCUACCAGAUAACUUCAAUGAGGCCAAGUUUAUCACCUUCAGCAUGCUUGUCUUCUGUGCUGUUUGGAUAGCCUUUAUCCCAGCCUAUAUUAACUCCCCUGGAAAAUAUGCAGAUGCUGUAGAGGUAUUUGCCAUUCUCGCUUCUAGUUUUGGGCUGUUGGCGGCACUGUUUUGUCCAAAGUGUUAUAUAAUUUUGCUUAAACCUGAGAAAAAUACCAAAAAAGCUAUUAUGGGUAGAGGUAAAAACUAAAUCAUACAAUAAACUUUUUUCAAAGAGCCCGGAUAUUAUAACGCAAUUGGUUAAGCACACCAAUUAAGUUAUGAUGACAGGUUAUUAAGGACUGAUUGCAACUUUUCUGAAUCAGGCCAUCUUAACAGCACCAGCGAUGUGACCAUGGCUAAAUUCCCAUUUGAUUGUUCUCCAAAUUGCUGAAAAUGUAAGCAUUAAAUUCAACUGCCCUAAUUUGGCAACUUACUUUGUAUUUUGGUCACCCUAGGCUUGUUUAAGGAUCUCAGGUUUAAUGUAUGCUGUAUAUUACUAAUGAUAUAUUAGGACUGCAGAUACUGUAGUGUUUGAUAAAACCAUGACAGAACUGUGGAUCAUACGAUAGCCAUGCGGUGUGUCCUCUUGUUUUUAAAGAAAAUGUUGAAAUACUUCACUAAAAAGAUGUAACUGAUGAGCACAACGCCUUUUUACUUACAGAAAACAGUUUAGCAUAAUAUAGAUAAAAAGGUAUAUAGGUAACUGCAUUUCAACCACCUAAGAAGCAAUGCCCUAGUAGCAACUAUAGUGCCAUAGAGCUGGUUGGGCCUCGGAUUAGAGUGGAGCAAGGCAGUGAGCAUUUGAAAAAAGAAGAUGCAUUUUAUGAUUCAAUAGAUGGAUAGGAAAACCGGACCCAAUAUCCAUCCUAGUCAACUUUAACCUUCAGGCCAUUGUCAUUAUAUGGCAAUGAGGUGACACAUUUACACAAAUGUCUACUGUACCUCACAAUGUUAAUUCAGGUCAACCCAUUGACUGUAUGGGUCCAACUAAAUAUUAA